UUUUCAGGACACACAGGAGGAGGUUGUGUCAGAGAGUCUCAUGCUACUAUAACUAGCCCUGAUGGAUAUACCUGUGACACAGCUGCCUCCUGGAGACCCCAGGCUGGUGGAGGCAAUAGUGGGUCAGCUCAAGUCCAAAGGAAUAUUCGAUCAGUUCCGUAAAGAGUGUCUGGCUGAUGUGGACACCAAGCCAGCCUUCCAAAACCUUCGCCAGCGUGUGGAAGGCCAUGUUAACAAGUUCCUUGAGAAGAGCACUUGGAAAAAUGACAUGAACAAAAACCAGCUGCGAGAUGGUGUACGCAAGCAUGUCAACAAGUAAGAUACUUUCAUAGUG